AUGAUUUUUGAUUCUAAAUCACCUCAUAAGACAGAACACGUUUAUGCUAAAUAAACCAAUGUAAGAGCAAUAGUAUGUGGAGGUGAUGGUACUGUAAUUUGGGUAGUAAAUGAAAUGGUGAACUAUAAAUGUGAUAUAAGUAAUUGCCCAAUAGGAAUAAUACCUUUUGGGACUGGAAAUGAUUUUGCAAGAGUAUUAGGUUGGGGCGGAGGUAUGUCAGAAGGAUAAUUAUUAGGAAAAGAUAUGUGUUAAUUUAAAAAAAUUAUGUAAAACUGGAUAAAUUCAAAAAUAGAAAAUUUUGAUAUUUGGGAUAUAUAAGUAGAAACUAAUGAAGAUGGAUUAUUUAAAAAAAUAGAAAAAGUAACAAAAAACGGUAAAUAAUUCCUAGAAAAAAAAGUAUAUGAAAAAAGAAACGAAUAAAAUAUAAUGGAACCUGUAAAAAUAUUAAAAAAAUAAAUGUGCAAUUAUAUGAGUGUAGGUGUAGAUGCUAGAAUAGGACUUGGAUUUGAUAAAAACCGUACAUAAAGUUAAGCCGCAAAUAAAUGUGUUUAUUGUUGGGAAGGUUUUAAAAAAAUGUUCUUAAAUACUUUAAAAAUGAAUGAUGUUAUUGAAAAAUUAGAUGUAGUGUAGAAAGAUGAUAAUUAUGAUAUUAAUGAUAUAGAUAUUGAAUUAUAAUAAGAUAAAAAUUUAUAUUAAUGUUAAUUUGCUACAUAAUCUUAAAAUUUUAAAUAAUAAACAUAAGAAGAUGCAUUAAUUUAGGUUCUGAAAGAUUUUUCAAAGGCUAAGCAUAUAAAGUUAGUUAAGGUUCAGGUCCUUAUGUUUUGA